GCCUCUCCCCGCCUCCACAGGAGCGUCCUGCGUGCCCGCCGCUGCCGGCUGGCACUGCGGCAGCGCGGGUCGCCUUCGCGUUGUUUGCGCACAGGUGAACACAAGGGACCCUGCGCCCAAACCGCCGCAGAAGGAUCGGGACGCUGUGAGGGUGAGGAACGAAAUCGGAUUCCGCAGGGGGCCGGAGCUGGAAGAAGAGAUGUUCACAGUCCUGACCCGCCAACCCUGUGAGCAAGCAGGCUUCAAGGCCCUCUCCCGAACUUCAGCCAUCAUCGCCUUGGUGGUCUUGCUUUUGAGCAUUGCGGUGCUUGUGGCAAUUACACUCAUCCAGAUUCAUCAGAGGGAGGUCCUCCUUCCAGGAAUGAAGUAUGGAAUAGUGCUUGAUGCUGGGUCUUCCAGAACCACAGUCUACGUGUAUCAGUGGCCAGCAGAGAAGGAGAAUAAUACUGGAGUGGUCAGUCAGACCUUCAAAUGCAGUGUAAAAGGCUCUGGGAUCUCUAGCUAUGCGGAAAACCCCCAGGAUGUCCCCAAAGCCUUUGAGGAUUGCAUGCAAAAAGUCAAAGGGCAGAUUCCAGCCCACCUCCAUGGAUCCACCUGCAUUUACCUUGGGGCCACGGCUGGAAUGCGCUUGCUGAGGUUGCAAAACGAAACAGCAGCUAAUGAAGUCCUUGCAAGCAUCCAAAACUACUUCGAGUCUCAGCCCUUUGAUUUUAGGGGUGCUCAAAUCAUUUCUGGGCAAGAGGAAGGGAUAUAUGGAUGGAUUACAGCCAACUAUUUAAUGGGAAAUUUCCUGGAGAAGAGUCUGUGGCAUAUGUGGGUGCAUCCGAAUGGAGUGGAGACCACAGGUGCCCUGGAUUUAGGUGGUGCCUCCACCCAGAUAUCUUUCGCAGCAGAAGAGAAGGUGGGGCUGAACACCAGCGACAUUAUGAAAGUGUCCCUGUAUGGCUAUGAGUACACACUCUACACACAUAGCUUCCAGUGCUACGGCCGGAAUGAGGCUGAAAAGAGGUUUCUGGCACUUCUUCAGGAGUCUUCCACAGAGACCACAUUCACUAACCCCUGUUACCCUCGGAAUUACAAUACCACCUUCACCUCAGCACAUGUGUUUGGCAGCCUGUGCACAGUGGACCUGAGACCUGAAACUUAUGACCCUGACAACAUCAUCACUUUUGAAGGAACUGGGGACCCAUCACUGUGUAGGGAAAAGGUGGCAUCUCUAUUUAACUUCAAAGCUUGCCAUGACCAAGAAGCCUGUUCCUUCAAUGGGGUGUAUCAGCCAAAAGUUAAAGGGUCAUUUGUGGCUUUUGCAGGAUUCUACUACACAGCCAGUGCUUUCAACCUCUCUGGGAGCUUUUCCCUACACACCUUCAACUCAAGCAUGUGGAAUUUCUGCUCACAGAAUUGGAGUCAGCUUCCGCUGCUGCUUCCCCGGUUUGAUGAGGAAUAUGCACGCUCCUACUGCUUCUCAGCCCACUACAUCUACCACUUGCUUGUAAAUGGAUACAAAUUCACUGAGGAUACCUGGCCCCAAAUACAUUUUAAAAAAGAAGUGGGGAACAGCAGCAUAGCCUGGUCUCUCGGCUACAUGCUCAGCCUGACCAACCAGAUCCCAGCUGAAAGCCCCCUGAUCCGCCUGCCCAUCAAGCCAUCUGCCUUUAUGGGCGUCCUUUCCUUCUUUGCAGCAGUGGCCUUGCUGUGUCUGACAUACUUUGUGUACCUGUGUGUGUUGUCCAGGAAUCAGAGGCACUUGCAGCAUACCUUGGACCAUGCGGUGGAUUCUGAGUGAGCCUCACAAAGCAGGUCCUGGAGCCUGAGGGUUGCCCAGAAGGCCUGGGGGGGAAAAAGCAAUGCAAGCAAAAUGCCUACCUUCAGGAAACACAGCUGAAGUUAAAUACAUAGGUCAUGUGACUCUCAGAUACUGAUUUAUGCCAAAGCACCUCUUGGGGAGUACCUCAACCUUUCUGUGCACAUUGCUCCACCAGACAUCCCAUCACCCACUAGUUGACCUACUGGGGAACAGAGACAAGACAGGCCAUCAAAGUCAGCCUCCUUAUUCCAAGUGCCCCAGAGGAAGAGUUAAGAAUAUGACUAUUUACAGAGUCCCUGUUGUGGCUCAGUGGUUAACAAAUCCGACUAGGAACCGUGAGGUUGCAGGUUCC